AUGACCGGCCGACUCUCUGGACGAACAUGUCUCAUCACAGGCUCCUCUUCAGGGCUCGGGCGUGCGAUUGCACUAAGAUUUGCAAGUGAAGGCGCCAAUAUUAUCUGUUCUGACCUAUCUCCUACCGCGAGAGCGCUUCUACCCGGAGAGGACGCUCAUCCCACGCACGAGCUUGUCCAAAGGCACGGCGGAAACGCGACAUUUAUCAAAUGUGACAUCUCGGAACCUGAGGAUGUCAAGGCAGCGGUGGUGACAGCAGUCAAGGAAUUUGGCCGACUUGAUGUCUUGGUGAACAAUGCAGGGAUAUCUUUUGAGGCUCGCCGAGGGUUCCGCCAAAUGCACGAAACUGACCUGCACGAGUUUGACGAAACCCUUCGCGUCAAUGUGAGAGGUGUGUUCCUGGGAUGUAAAUAUGCCGUGGAGCAGAUGUUGAAGCAACCGCCUAAAUUCGGGUCCGAUCGUGGAUGGAUCAUCAACAUCGCGAGUGUUUUGAGCUUUGGUGGAAUGCCUGGGUCGAUCAGCUACGUCGCCAGCAAAGGAGCAGUCAUGCAAAUGACAAAAACGAUUGCUCUGGAAUAUGCCGCCAAGGGUAUUCAUUGCAAUGCCAUCUGUCCGGGAUUCACCAUGACAACCCUUCUGGGUCCGCUCUUGGAAGAAGGUGGGAAGAGUCAGCUGGAAGAGAUCUCUGCUAAGCACCCCUUAGGCGGGAUUGGGAAGCCUGAAGACAUUGCAAAAGCAGCCGUGUUUCUUGCCAGUGACGAUGCUGCAUGGGUGACAGGGAUCCCGCUUCCCGUCGAUGGUGGAUAUCUCGCCAGAUGA